UCUCCUUUACUUACAGUGCUGGUGUAUGGAGUUAGGCAGAUCCAGCUAUGUUGAAGGAGGGCCGGUUGUGGGGGCUGGGUUCUGGGCUGCUGUUGCUCUGGCUGGGUGCCUUGGUGAGGCCUGCUCAGGCUGGCCGGGUGCUGGUCAUGCCCGUUGAAGGCAGCCACUGGCUCAGCAUGAAGGUGCUGGCGACCGAGCUGGCCGAGAGAGGUCACGACAUCCUGGUCCUGGUACCCGAGACCAACCUCUUGAUAAGGAGUUCUGAGCUUUUCCGGACGGAGACCUUCCCGGUGCGGAUCACCAAGGAUCAGCUGUCCACCAGUUUAAAGGGAUUUCAGAACGGGGUCUUCACACGUAGUCCUGCGCUGUUUGACAUCUUUGUCCAAGUGGAGAGGUUGCUGAACUUCACGGGAAUGCAGGUGCAAGGAUGCGAGUCGCUGCUUUAUAAUGAAGCUUUGAUGGAGAAAAUUAAGGAGGAGAAUUUUGAGUUGGUGCUCACGGAUCCCUUUCUUCCGUGUGGGACUAUUAUCGCUGCUAAACUCCGUCUCCCUGCUGUCUACUUCCUACGCGGAAUGCCAUGCGGCCUUGAUAUGUUGGCUUCACAAUGUCCUUCUCCUCCAUCGUAUGUACCUCGGUUUCAUUCCGGCAGCACUGAUAGUAUGACAUUCGUUGAGCGCGUUAAGAAUUUUGUCAUGAGUGGCACGGAGAUGGGCCUGUGUAAAAUUAUGUAUGCCAGUUUCGAUGAACUUGCCGCGAGGUACCUGGAUGCGGACGUGACGUACCAGGAGCUCAUUGGGCGGGGAGCUGUCUGGUUGCUUAGAUACGAUUUCACUUUUGAGUAUCCCAGACCUCUCAUGCCAAAUAUGUUUCUCAUUGGAGGCAUCAACUGUGCUAAGCACUCCAAACUCACAGCAGAGGUGGAGGAGUUUGUGGAAGGUUCGGGAGAUCAUGGUAUUGUCGUCUUCACCCUGGGUUCUCUCAUCGCCUCUAUACCAAAAGAAAAAGCAGAGGUCUUCUUCAAGGCUUUCAGUAUGAUCCCACAGAGGGUCCUGUGGCGGUAUACGGGGGAAAUUCCAGAGAAUGUCCCGAAAAAUGUUAAGCUUAUGAAGUGGCUUCCACAGAAUGAUUUGCUUGGUCAUCCCAAAGCAAGAGCCUUCAUCACUCACGGUGGAACGCAUGGUAUCUAUGAGGGCAUCUGUAAUGGUGUUCCCAUGGUCAUGCUUCCACUUUUUGGUGACCAGAGUGACAACGUGCACCGCGUGGCAUCUCGAGGAGUGGGUGUGAUUCUCGACAUCCAUGAAAUCACAGCGGAAUCACUGGUUGAUGCACUCAACACUGUUAUUACAAACAGCAGUUAUAAGGAAAAAAUGAAGAAGCUCUCUGCUAUACACAACGACCGCCCCAUGCAGCCCCUGGAUCUUGCAGUCUACUGGACAGAGUUUGUAAUGAGACACAAAGGAGCGGAUCAUCUGAGACCUGCUGCUCAUGACCUGAACUGGUUUCAGUAUCACAGUCUGGAUGUGAUUGGCUUUCUUCUCUGUGCUGUGUUGAUUGUAACACUAGCGAUGUUGAAAUGCUGCGCGUUGUGCUGGAGAAAGUGUUGCCGGAAAGCGCAGAAGAGGAAGGCAGAGUAAACAUAUAGUGAAUGUAAAUACUGAUGCUUGUGCGUCAGUGUUUCGUGACUUUAGAAAACAAAAAGAUUUUCAUCUACAAAGUGAAAUGGAAUGCAAAACUCUUGAAGCUCAAUAUCUCAAAACUGCUCAGAAUGCAGAUAGAACAAUGAAUUGUGCUCUUUAUGAAUAAUAAUAACAUGCGGAUGAUAACCAUGAAUCAAUUUAUUAAUGAAAGACCGUGUACAUUUUUAGCUUCUUAUGCUUUGAAAAAUUACACUUGCUGAACUGGAAGAAUAAAAUAGUACAAUGUAAAUGAAACAAUACGUUUUCAUUAAAAAACACGAAAAUACCAACACUUGUGUUUAUGCCUGAAUAGUUUCAUUUCCAAAUAAAAUCUUACGGAUGGAUUAUUUUUCUUAUUUGAAAUGUAUUUAAUUUCCUAUUACUGUAGUUUCCAAAAAGCUUAACCUGAUGGACAGAACAACAUAAAGC